GUUUGCUCUGCGACGAUGGGGAACCGCAAACGUACUGACAUGCGCACGGCUGCAUGGCUUCGAGUCAUUGCAGCAGCCAUCGCUGUGUUCGCGAUGCUGCAGCAAACACCACCAGCAGUAUCAUCCUCCGCAGGCUCUCCGUCUCCAUUGCAGCGCGUGUGUCACGCCAUAACGACACAUUUGUCAAGCCAAGUCGAGCGUCUUGAUGGCGUUUCCGGUGGCAGCCUCUCCAACUUCCAGUUUGUGACUGACGCGUGUCAGUCAGCAACGACAUUCCCCAUCUUCAGCGACUCCGGCUUCGUGGGUUCGCCUGUGGUGACCACUGACUUCUUGGAAAACGUUGCGGACGAUAACAAUGUUUCGUACGCGACGACCAAGGCUCAGCAGGUGUUCUCUCUCACGUGGGACGCGGCAACAUCCACUGCCCGCGUCAACAUCACGAUCGUGCAGCAGCAGUUCCUCCGUGCCACCGUUCGGGAAGUGCUGGUCCCCGAGGACACGCCCAUGAUCAUCGUGAGUACUCGACUAGCUGUCGUCCGCCCUGGGGCGCCCUUUGCCCCGCUGCACCUCGCGCACCUCAAGUGGCCACUGAGCGAUGCCACAGCCUCGGGGUCAGGCGGCAGCGUCGUCAUCGCGCGAGACCCUGAUCUCCUCGACAACCAGCUGCCGACCGUGUUCAUCCCCACGCCUCAGGACCCGGGCUCGCUGCCGGCAGAGACGCUCAAUAUCGUCCAUUCGCUGCUCGGACAACCGCACCUGCGUGUCUCAUCCAUGGCAGCAAGCGCGGCUGCAUUCCGGGCCACUGCUCGCCGGGUCUGGCAGGCGCUGGACUUGCUGUCGCAGAAGGAGCUCAACACUGUCACGCAGAGAAUCACGCGGCGAACCGUGGCCAACACCCCAACGCAGGGGCCACUUGGUGUUCUGCUGCAGCGGACCCGCGUCUGCGCCGGUGGCACAUGGCAGCCGUUCGGGGCCCAGUACGCAAAGUGCGACGACCACAUCAUGGAAGCGGUCAAGGGGUUUGUCUCCAAGGCUGCAGAUGGGACGCCUUGCGAUGGUGCUUUCGAGGUGAUUGAAGACUCUGUACUGUCACACAUUGCGGUGGACCUCUUUUCCUCCCAAGAUGCCGUCAUUGCCCAGGGCUUUCGCGCACAGACGGUUGCAACAAUCAAAUGCACAAGCGAUGUGAUUCGCCCAGGCAGCAGCGACUCCAUCGUUGCAUCUUUCACAAUGUCCUCCAGCAACCCAACAAACAGUGCCUGGCUACUCGACUACUUCACCGACAUCUCAAAUCGGCUUGUCCCACUGGAAAUGGUGCAGGCGUGGAUGCCCACCGUUGAAGCUCAGGUGAUGGGUCAUCUACUCUACAAACCUGACGCGACAAUGCCUGAAUCAAAAGCACCGACGACAGUACACACAUUCCUGCCAGGAAACGCAAUCACCUCCAUGUUUCCGGUUGGCGUCGCACUGGGCGACCUCGAGCUUGAGUCUUCGCAAGCAGCUGUUGCGCACGUCACGCUAGUUCUGGAGACCCUGAUGACGCAACUUCAGACUGGGGUGCCAGAUGUCAACACGGCUGUGCACGAGGCGCUCAAGGCUGACAAGAUUGCCGACGUCGUUCAAGAUUAUGUUGACCAUGCCGAUCACGCCACAGUGCUUGGAUUUUGGUCAUGGUUUCAGUCGCAGCUAUCGCCUCGCACCCUCCAGCUUCAGCCAUUGCUACCACCAGUGAAUGACGAGAACAACUUGGCUGCGUUUGGAUUGAGCGUGAGGGUGAGCAGAACCCUCGCCAUCAACAGCAUCAGCUCCUCAUCUCUAGCCGGCUUGUUGGCUGAUGCAAAUGCUAUCCUCGACUCGUUUCGGCCCCGUGCAGGCAUCAUAUGUGGGCCGCUCGCAGCCAACUUGAUCAACUGGUCGACCAACCACGUCGAUGAUGCUGAAUUUCAAUUCAGUGCGCAGGCAACGGCCUGGGUCGGCCUCCCAGUGAACGACGACACAAUCACUGUCAAAGCACUGCGAGAACACGUUGCUGGUUUCUUGCGCGUCAGUGGUUCCAGCUCCGAUGACAACGAGCCGCACAAGUUUUCAUUUGUUCAUGACUUGAGCACUGGUGACAUUGGUGGCAGGUUUAUCACUGGAAGCUACAGCGUCUCUGUCGAUCCUGGACCACUAACCGACAUCCAGGCCGCAAAAUUGUCUUGCAGGAGCAUCGCCACGGCCAGCACCAUGCCGGACGCAACCACUAUGGAGCAGGCCGUAGACCUUCUCGCACAGAAGGCCACCGCGGUGGCAACUGCGCCAGUGCAGCUGAGCAACUGGCCACCAGGAGCGCUGCUCCGGCCCAUCUUCGACGCCAUAUCGUCAGCGGUCGCCGGGCAGCAUUUGCAGGAGCACAAAGCUGCGGAGCGUGUGGAGCUGGCUGCGCAGAGCACAUCUAGUCCAGUGCAAGGAGUCACGGUUGUGCCCACGGCUCUUGUGAAAGACGGCAAAAUCCGCCUGACUCUCAGCAUCGAGCAGUUGAACACAGCCAUCAUCCCCGUGGACGGGAGCGCGUGGCGCGGCAUCGUGGGGACAGACCGGUUCGAGACAACGGUUGUUUUGUCCUACAACAUCAUCGUCAGCAUGCACGGCUUCACGGCCGAGGUCCUCAGCUUUGCCGCCACUGGGGCCACGAAUCUGGGCGGGUUUGUCCUUCCGACGCAACUGGGCAUGCAGUUCAACAAACCCGUCACAACGUCGCUCACCCUGAACGCUGACAUGCCCAAGUCUUUCUCGGUCAACUUGCAGUUGGAUGUGGCGAGUGAGUUUGGCCACCCGUUUUCCUUCCAUCUCUCCAGCAGCAACCUUCCAUCCAACGACGACAGUGAUCAACAGCAGCAGCAGCAGCGACAGCAGCAGCAGCAGCAGCAGCGACAGCAGCCAGUGAUGUUUCGCAUCCGCAACAGGCCUGCGUCUCAGCAUGUGUCGCCUGCAUCUGUGCUGGAUACGAUCAAGUCUGGCAUCCUCAACAUGGUGCCACGGGCGCUGUCAAACUCGCUCGCGUUUCUCCUUCCCCCGUAUGAGAAUUGGGCUGGUGAUGUGUCUGAGCUGACGCGAACCAUCGACAUCAUUACCUCGCCAUUGUCCAUCCUGCCCAACCCCAAACCAACUAUUGCCUCCACUUUCUCAUGUCUGGACAAGAUCAAGGCCCAGCCUCCAACGGGCCUCAACGUCACCUUGCACUCGCCUCAGAACGAGCGCGUGUAUGUCCCCCUCAACAACCUCCGCUACUCCAGCCUGACUGCCUUCACAGCCUCCAUCAACAGCAACCUGCAUCAGCGAACGGAAAUGCGCAAGUGGCUCAAGAUCGAGCUCGACCCAGACUCGCUUGUCACGCAAGGCACUGACAACUCGGACUGCGCUGUGUUUCGUGCGGUUCCUGUCACCCCAGGCGCCCUCACCUACGUUGCCAUUGCCUCGACGCCUGACUCUAUCCAGCAGAACUUCACGCUUCGUGGCAAUUUAAACCCUGCACCAAGGCCACUUUUUGCUCACUGGGAUGACCUCUUGUCCGUGAUCCAGGCAGUGCUCAUUCCCGACAGUGACCUGCCCAAGCUGCAACGUCUGCAAGUACCGGCCGCCGAUGUGGGCGUGCCUGCCGACCUCGACCAUGUGUACCCCGGCAUGUUUGACGCCAUUGGAUUUCGGUUCGAUGCCAGCUACGCAUACCAGACCGCUGUAGACUCGCCCGUGAAUGACACCGUGUCUGCGCUCGGUGGCUUGCUGACAGCCUCGCUGGAGGGCGGUCGGGCAUUGGCGCACCUUAACGCAACCAUCUCAGCCGGCCUCUCCUUUGUUUUUGACUGCCCGCCACCAAGAGGCGGCGAGAACAUCACCGUGUACUCCUCAUUCUCCGACGAGGACACGCCAACAACCACAAAAGUGCGGGCCGGUGCGAACACGUUCACCCUUGACAUUCAGGGUCAAAUGAGGACGAUGCGUGCUGGUGAAGAAGGCACCGACGCCCAAGGUCCGAGCAGUGUCCGCAUUGGCCGAAGGCAGUGGACAGUUGCAGUUACGUUGGAGCCUGGAACGGUCGCGCAGGAAGCAGUGCAAUCGGCGCUUGCGCAAAGUCUUCCCGAGUUUCUGCAGCCGUUUGUGCAGGUAUUGCUUGGCAGGCGCACGCGACGCAGCCAGAGGGACCAGAUUGCCAUCCAAGUGAACCGCGCCUUCCUCGACAACGGCACCGUGUGGGUUCCAGAUCUGGUGGCCAUCUCUAGCAGCGAGGUGCCUUGGCUGAAAACAUCGGCCUUUGGCCUGCCGCUGGUGCAAGCAAUGAUGAGCGAUGCCAGGCUUCGUGCAACGGGCGCCCUCAGGGCCAGUGCAGAUAGGGCUGAGGUGGAGGCGGGCAUCCUGGCCGUUGCAUCGGACAAGAUUGAGGGAACCACGGACAUUGACAUUGACAUUGGCCUCCUCAGUCCGCCUGGCUCGCUUAUCCAGCGCACUCCAAGGAGCAAUCGAGACAGGAGCAACCCCACCGUCAUUGGCUGGGACACACAAUCCAACAACACAAGCAACCACAUCCCGUAUGAAGCGGCGCCCGAUCUUGUCGAUGACAGGCACUUCGCGCCACAUCGCCGGAAGCGGCGUAUGGUACAGCCCUUUUCCUCGUUCACGAGCGUGACCAGGGCAAACAGCGCCCUGCGAAACGAGCACAUGUUUUUCACACACUUUGAUGCGAGGGUCUCGCUGAACACGACGUUUGAGCUCUCAAAUAUUACCGUUGGUCUUCGACAGGUCAACGUGCAGACGACGGACGCCGCGCUGGUGCUUCAACUUACCGGUUCGUUCCACCUGAGCACAGACUUCAACGUGACGGACAUGACCAGGCGCUUUGAGUUUGACGUUGACGUGCGCGGCGAGGAGGAUUUUGUACAGGCAAUACGGAAUGUUUUGCUGGUCAACAGGUCCAGCCUGUGCCAGUUUGCACAGCGGCUGUUGGAGCCCGGAGACGGCGUUGGUGCCCAAGCGGCUGGUGUCCGGCCCCUGCCAUUCUUGACAAAGUCAGUCAGCGACUGGCUUGGCCCGUAUCAGCUGGCAGCGGCGCAGGCGGUUGAGGCGCUCUGCGACGGUGGCUUCAACGGCGACCUGCAAGUGCUCUGCACCGUUCUCAACGAAGCGUUUGACCAGGACGUGUGCGUCAACUCUGAACUCAGGAAGCACGAGGUUGUCAUCGAUCUGUACAUUGUGCUUGAGGAGCAGUCCGACUCUGAGCAGUUUAUCUUUGAUGCAAAACUGUUUGAGCCGGUGCAGUCCUUGGAGGAGUUUUCUGUGGGUCAGGCGACAGAGGGCUCACUGGCAGUGCAGACUCUGAUUGCGUCCAACGCAACCCUCGUUAUUGACAUCAGCGCACCAUUUCCCACGCUGUACAUACGGCGUGGCAAUCUGCAGCUCACCCUCGAUGUCAAGGCCAUGGGCAACAUAGAAGUGUAUUUUGGGUCCAUGUCUGUGCCGUUGUCAAGUCUGAACUUGGACAUUGGCACACCAGUGAACCUCACCAUCGCCUAUGGUGAGCACGAAGAUGACCAGCGUAUGAUUCGUGCGAUCCGCAGCAUGGAACCAAAGCCACCACAACCAGCAGCAGCAACAGCGGCAGACGAUGAAGGCCAGCAGGGCGAGGAAGACGACCAAGCAGAAGGCCAGUGCUGGAUAUGGAGCACAGCGUCCAUGCCGGAAGCAGACCCUGUAAAUGAGUUUGAGAGACGAAGGAGGUCCACACAUACGUUUCCUCUGGAUGCAGGGGUGAUGGCACGGCGCCCUCACCCGAGCCAUCAGCUACUGCGCCGUCUGCGACGCACACAAGCGUCUGCAGACGACGCCGGUAGUGAAGCAGGCCACCGAGAGUUUGGCAUUUGUCUCAAGGGACACGCAUUCCUGAAUGCAAAGGUCGAUAUCAAGAUUCCAGCCCUGACCAGGUUCCUACUUCAGCCAGGCCCGGACACCUUUGCCUUCAAGGCUGAUGGUUGCCCACGCGGGCUGUGGCCGACCAUUAGUGGCAUCCUCAAGGCAGUGUUUGGGUUUCAGAACGCACUAGCAGACUUCGGGGGCAUAUCGCUUGCCCUCCGUUUGGCGUGGGAGCAGUUUUUGGACUUUGUGUUCUCACUUGGAGGUCUCUUGGAUGGCCUGAAGCUUCCUGUGCUCGGAGACUGGUGGAAAGACAUCCUGCGCAUCAACUUGGGCGAGUUGUUCGACUUUACCUUUCUCAGAAAAAUGUGGGACUUCAUUGAGAUUGGCCUCAGGGAUCUCAAGUUCAGUGGCAUUAGCUUCAGCUUUGCUGAGUUUGAGUUUGAGGUGCUCAAGCUCUUCACAGACGCGCUUUCGUUCCUGCUGGGGCCGUGGGCCAUUGAGUUUCCAGAUAUCCCGUCCAUCACUCUCAAAGAGAAGCGCUGGCCCCUCAACCUCAAGCGAAGCUUCACAGCAAAGCCGGAUGAGAUUGGUUUUGACUUUGGUGACCAUGGGGUGCUCAGCGCCGACUUUGAGUGCACACAGAAGGUCAAAUUCACGUGGCACAUCCAAGUUGACCUCGUGUUUUCGGGCGGAAUCCGAUUUGAGUUUCUGCACAACCCAGCGGUCCACGUGACGGUGCAGAUGGACACGAAAGACUGCUCCCUCUCAGGCGCGUUCCUCCUUGGCGGUUUUGACAUGAUGGCCACUGCGUUCGUUCGCCUUGGGCUCACGGUGAUCCCACCUGCGCGUACAGAGGACAAGAUGUGGGACUUUGAAGCGGCUAUCGAAGCAAGGUUUCGUGGCGACAUGGUUGCGGGCUUUGCGGGGGUGUUUGCAGACCUGCUCGACAAGAGCAACGACGAAGCAAUUCGAGCACUGCCGAACGUGCGAGCGGACUUGGACUGCGCCUUCGAGUGCGGUAGCAAGGGUUGCAGCAAGGGCCCGACGUGUCAACUGACCAGCCCUAGACUUUGUGUCGGAAGCCUGCUUCGAACAACGCUGCACCGCGCCCUGAGCUGGGUCGACAACAAGUUCUUCAAAACCGUCAUUGAGGUUGUCGAGUUCCUCCAACAGGAGGUGGACCUGUCGCCCGUUCUCGACGAAAUGCCUCUCGUGGAUGUGCUGUACGUGAUUGUGCAGAACCUGUGCACGGACAACUGCGAUUUUUCCGAGGUGUAUGAGAUGAUUGCCCAGGUAACUUACGUGGUGGACCUCAUUUCCACACUUCGGGACAUCGAGGACCUGCUUGAGGAUGGUUCGUGCAAUGCCAUCACCCAGGAGCUUCCCGAUAUGCUGCUUGACUUCCGGGACGACAUCCUUGAGCCCAAGGUGAUGGGACCCCCGCCCGUGAAGCAGCUCAACUUCAAGAGCGGCGACCGCUUGCCCCGGGCCAAGCAGGAGGUCGUGCGGAAGGUCUGGUCUGACAUGACAACGCAGGGCUCUUUUGGUGUCAGGCUUUCGUUUCUCGACAACCCCGUGCUGAACGUGGUCAAGAUGUUACUUGGCCAGGUCGUCGAUCUCGUGGAGUUUACCUUCCCGCGACUGGUGAUUGGCAUUGGCGUUUCCUGGACCAUCCCCAUCUGGUCUGUCCCGUUGGUUGAGAUUGAGCCCACGUUCUCGUUUGAGAUCCAGGCGCAGCCGCCACCGCUCAUCAUCACAACGGAAACGGCAGUCACACUGCUUCAGACCGGCGACAUUGGGUCCACCUUGGGCACGGUUGCGAUUCGAACGGUUGACCGCGCAACCCACAAGCCAAUUAACUUCCUUGUUGCGCGGGGUUCCAUCGGCGCCUACGUCCGCGUGUCAAUUGGCGUGUACUUUGCAUAUGUUCAAGGGUCCUUCUACUUGGGGCUCACACUGGAGGCGGCGGUGGCCAUUCCCGACAUUUACCACACCGGGCGCAUCACCAUCGGUGACAUGUAUCAGUUGGUCAAGUACAACGACGGUAACGUCUUCAAGUCACUGGAUCGCCGUUACACGCUGUUUUUGGACGCGGGAUUCAGUCUUCGAGCCUGCAUUAACCUGCUGUUUUACCGCAAGUGCUGGACCAUUGUCGCGUGGUCUCAUUCGUUCACGCUCUGGGAACGGCUUGACAGGGCGCGCGUGUUUCCCAUCCCAACCAGCGGUACGGGAAACAUCAACAUUGGAUCGUCGUUCUCACAGCCAUAUCGCCGUCGGUCCGUGGUCAGGCGGUGCGCGGGCGCUUGCGUGUCCAUGGCGCAGUUCACGCUCUCGCAGGCCAGGGACACGGUCACAGUGGCGGUGAAGACGCCCGAUGACGGUGUGAACGAGGCGCCGCGCACAGGGUCGCUUCCCGCCGACGGUAGCUGCAUCCGGUUCACAGGCAGCUCACACAAUAGCGCGCUCAAGGUCCGAGUGGUGGGUGUGUUCAGGUGCGUCCAUGUCCCGGCGCUACCUGGCUCCCACAUUGAGAUUUCACAGCAGUCGUAUGGCGUGUCUUCCAGCCAAGCUGCGCACGGAGCUUCAACCACACACAUCUCAGACUCAACGACGCACACCCUGGUUCGCAGGCGCCGUCAAGCAUUGGCCGACACGGUGUUUCCGCGAUCUGUGAAUGCGACAAGGCGAGCGCCCGUGCAAGUGUUUCGGAUCACUCGCAGCGCAGUCCUGCCCUUGUUUGCAGCCGGGAUCGUUUUUAGUGACGAGGGCAUGGACCUGCCAAACCGGCGCCGCAGUGUGCGCAUGGCCGGGGGCAGACGGGAGAGUGCAGUGCUGAGCUGCACGUCCUUGCAGCUCACCGACCCACUUCCCCAGGCUCAUUUCAUCGUGACGGGGACGCCAUGCCAAACGGAAGCCCUGGUCUCUGGCACCCAGACUGUGGGCUUGUACGGGCAUCCAGGGCAGAUCAAUCUGCGGGUCAUUGGACAAACCAAGCGGUUCAUCAUGAAUCUCAAGGCAUCGCGAAUUGUGCUGUCGAGCCAGUACGUUAUGGCGGACGGGUAUGAGACCCCUUUCACGAAACCGCCUGCGGAGUUGAUGGUGAAAGGUCAGGCGUCGAAUGACGGGUCUGUGGAAGUUUUGGAUGUGCCACAAGGCAUGUCCAUGACGUUUCAGGGCAGUCGAGGCAUCCUGGAUGUCUUUGUCCCGGACAUUCAGCGUGUGAAUGGACUGCUCGUGAUUCGCGGUGCAGCCACAGGCUCCGUGAACCGGCUUCGGAUUGCGGCCCGCGCCCGGCGUGGGGAGACCCCCUACAUAACGGUGACUUCUGGCCUCUUCAGCCAGAACACAAGCACAGGUUUGCGCCAAGUGGAGCACGCGAACAUUAACGACAAGACCUUGGACCUGCAUGUUGAAGACGGCGCGACGGCGGAGACUUCGCUUUUGUCCUCAGAACGGUUUGCGUUUGCGGCUGUGCGUUCGGUAGCAGAGCUUGGGGCAACAGCAACGCAUCGCGUCACGGGCUGCCAGGACCCAACAUCUGCACAUCGGUACACACUGGAAGGACCGGGCAAUCAGCAGCUCAUCAUCGGCUCUGGCGAUCUGGAAAGGUUCAAUUGCUACAUUGAUGUGCAAGGAGUUCAGGACUCACCAUCUACGGACCAGAACUACACAAUCAUAGUGGACGCCGGGUAUGACACACGGGACUUGUCGUGGUCAUUCUUCAAUGGCGGACUUCGGGUUGCGUCCAGGGAAUCCCUGGCAAGCCAGCAGCUGCACAUUGCCAUGCAGAACAUCGACCACGUGUACGUCCGCUUUGGAAACAAGAGCAACGCGGUUCUGUUCACCGAAGCUGACAACACGGCCGACUAUGUGCUCAACUUUGAGAGCUCUGGUCCAGUGAAUCGAAACACGAUCAGCUUUGCCACCCUCUCACGUGGCGUGCUCGUGCUUGGCACGGUGUCUUUGCGCAUCGAGAAGCAGGGCUCUUUAGACCAUGCACCGUUCUCACGCAUUCAGGCGUCGAUUGUAAGCCUGCGAGACAGGUCACACGAGUCGCUGGAGGGGCGUGUGGUUGUGACGGCUGGAGUUGACGCGGCAAGCCAGCACAUUGUGCUGCACACGGACCGCUGUAUCUCUCCGGCUGCUGUUGGAGGCGAGGCUGGCACGCCCGCCGAAAUCAAUGCUGGCCUGACAGAGUGGGUGCUCAUGCAUGCUGUGGCACGCGGCUUUGACCCUGGCUUUGACAUGAGCCACUGUCAUGUGUACCAAGGAGGCCGAGCUCGGGUCGACGUGACGCUGACUCGUGGCGAGGACAGCUUGUACGUGCACCGGUUUGGCCUGCCCGUGCAGGCUGAGCUGCUGGAUGGUGAGGACACGUUUGUUUAUGCCAACGCCAACAGCAGCACUUCCUUCGACGUCAACACCGGGCGUGGGAACGACCAUGUGAUGGUUGAGUGUGAGUUCGCGUCAUCUCGGCUGGACUUUGGGUCCAAUGACGACUUGGAUUCUUUUUGGCUGUUUGCGAAUGGGGUGACACCGGAGCUACUGUCCUCGGCGGAGGUGCGACCAGUGAGGAGUGAGGAUGCGACAUCGGCGCUUUCGUUUGUGCACCAGAAUGGCGCGGUGCUCCACUUUUAUCCGUGGGGACGAGAAGACAGCGGUCAGCGGAAGACCCGAUCGCUGGCAACGCACAGAGCAGCACGCAGCACUCUGGCAGCCUCCUCAGUGGGUUCUGCAAUGGCAUGGUUUCCCGGAAACAACACGGUGAUCCGGGUCUCGUUUCCAGACGAGAACCGCGUCGUGUUCAUCGAGCCACAGAGCCGCUGCUCGUAUGUGGUGGAGAACCUUGGGGCCGGAUCUAUACUGCGUGUCGGUGAGCAACCCAACGCACAGCGGAGAUUCUCCCGUGAUUCUUCGCAGAAGGCCGCCACACGGGAGGGCCGAUCUAGCGGCGUAUUCACAGACGACAGCCAAGGGACGCCGAAAGACUGGCAAGUCAUUUCCGCACUUCAGGACCUGAGUGCGCCCGCAACCAUUCAGGUCAUAGGACAAGAGAAGAGCAACCUCACAGUGUGCAUGAUUGUGCCACGACAACGCGACCUGCGAAACGUGCGCACACUUCGCUUCGAUGAGCUUGACUCGGGAGCAGCGCGUCUGUCGCUGGGGUCGAACGCGAUGCAGGUGGUCAACGCGAGGCACGUUGCGUUGCUUGCUGAAGGCAAUGCCCGCUUCGAGCUGCAGUCCUCCAUCUCGGGCGUGGACCUUGUUGUUGCGGCCAGGGAGCCCUCGAACCUUAUAGCUCAGCCUGACACGGUACUGCAGAAUCCAAUUCAGCUGUACAACGUGACGGCUAGCCUGCCAACGGCGGCGCUUCUGGGCGCAGGUCGUGUGAUUGUCAGUGGUGAUGAAACUGGGUUGGUCACCGCCCUGCCCAGCAACAACGUCACUGUGGAAGGGGGCUGCCUCUUGGUGUUGCACCCCGCUGAUGGGCAGCCACUCGUGCCUUCCCCGCUUUCACCUUGGGCUCUCGCAUGGGCACAGAUGCUUCUGCCUCCCUCCACGUUUGAGCGCAUUGCGGAUGACCCAUGCUUUGGCUUGUUUCCCGACUCAAAUCAUCAUCUCCCCAUCAGCAAUGUCGAGUCUACCCGCAUCACGGACGUGCGAAGGCACUUCACGACCAUGGCAUUCUCGCCGGCGGCUACGGUUGAACUACGUGACACGACUCCACUGUCACACGUUCUGCUGCACGAAGACCACGUCAGUAUUGACAAUGGCGCGUACACGGUGCAAUUUGGGAGUGAGCCGUCACGCUCGGCAGCCCAGCGGCAAGUGCGGCUCAUGAGCCCAGUGCUCCGAAAUGAGAGUGCUGUUGUUCAACUGCCCGCAGGUGCAGAUUGUUCUCGCUCGCCGCAGACGCUCUUUGAAACAUUGUAUGACAGCGAACACGACUUGUUGCACAGGCAUCACAUUGGGUUGCGAACGGCCACAGGGGGUAUGUUGUCAAGUUCUCUCACGUUCCCAAGCUCCACACAGCGCCUUGAGCUUGACCUGUCGCUGCUGUCGAUGUCAGGCUGCCUGUCGAGCGCAAACGUGUCGCUUUCUGGGCCGUUCCUGACUGAAACGAGCGGAGCAGCGCGUGUAAGCGACACGGCACGCAGCAAGGUGUCGACAGAGAGUCAAUCAGUUCAACGCCCUUCUGCAAGAAGUACCAAAGAACAAACAACUACCGUGCCUGCCGUGCCUGCCGCUGCUGCAGGCUCAUCCACGCUGCAAGGCGCAUUGUUGGUCACUGUUGGGGCUGACCGUGUGCGGUUUGAUAACUCCACAACCAACCACAACUUCACCGUGAACCUGGGACCAGCACAUGACAUGCUCCAGUUGGGAGUUGUUAUUGAACAAGGUGCGGUACAGGUGGACUUUAUGUCCGCGCCUGUGGCUCAGUGGACCGAGCCUUUGCAGCUGCGGGUGUCAGAUACUGCGCAGGCGGAGCUGAUGUUGCCACUGAACGCGACCCUACGUCUGUCGCAGCAGGAGGUAUGCUGGCACAAAAACAUGUCGUUCGUGUCGCAUGGCGAGGCGGUUGGCACUGGCUGGACAGACGGAGCGCUGGUGAACCUUGCUAAGGACUGCAGCCGGCUUGCGCUGGAGAGGUUGAGUUUGCUGGAUCACAUGAGCUGCGUGUCCCCCAGCGACAGCGAUAGCAAGAUCACAGCCAUGGUUCGCCUCUCCACAGCCCACAAGCUGUACUGUAGCAUCGAGGGCGACAUGGUGCGCGUGGGCGUUGGUUGCCAAGUGAGCACCGCGAGCUCACACAGUAGCGCGCAGGCUUGGAAUACCACCUGGACUGUCUUGUUUUGGGUGGUGUUGGCUUCGCACAUGGUGUUUGUGUGCCGAUUUGCGCUCACUUUCCUAAGGAACGUGGCCGACGGGGUGGUGAACGCUGAAUUAGGAGAUAACACGCUGUCCCACCGUAGCGCACUUGCCAGCGGUACGUCUGUGUUGUACUUUGGCCUCAUCUUUGCGGGAUGCCUUCUGCCGAUUGUUGAGGAGGGGAGCUCUGAGCAGACACGCGGGUUUGUUCUCGGGGUGGCUGAGGCUGUUCGCUCUGCAGGCGGCAUUGCAGACUCGUACGUGGGAAACGAGCGUGCAAGCACAGCAAAUGACAUGGCCAACGCUGGAGUGGGCCUGGUGGGAGGAGGGUUUGUCUUGGCUGCUGUUUUGCAGCUGAGGGCUGUGACACAACUGAGGUACCGUGUUGUGGCGGUUGCCUGCGUCAGUGAGCUGCUGUGCGCUGUGUUCCUGCCAUGGGCUGUGCUGAACAGCGCAGGCAACACAGUUGGCGUUUCCUGCGUGCUUGCCAGGCCUGCGUCAAAUGUCACAAGCAGCGGCAUGCUCGGCGGCGCUGAAGUUCUGCUCCUGUUGUAUCAUAUCAGCAUCAUGGGGGGAAUCGUACUCUGCAUGCGCUCUUCAACGCAACGUGGCUGCUGGGGACUGAUGUUGACAACGGCUAUGGCCUACGCGCUUGGUGUGAGCGCCUUGGCUGUCAUGCCCGGCCCCACCAGCAUGGUCGUGUUGUAUUUCUGGUGGAUGGGGCUGACUGCAGUAGCUGUCAUGGUUGUCUGCGCUUUGCUGUGGCCGUUUCAAGAUUUUAGACAGAACGGCGCAGACGGGUAUGUGUGGGACGACGAAGAGCCCACUGGGGACCACGACAAUGGUAACCAAAGGCACCAUCAACACAACAACAUGCCAAAUCAGGGCCCGGUUGUGGAACACGCGGACGUGGAGGACGAUGAUGACCAUGAAGAGGAGGACACACAGGUUGAGAACGUGUUUGUUGAACCAGAUCAGCAGCUGAGCCAACGCAGAAGCGGAACUGAGUUGCAACUAUUCAGACAUGAGACAGAAGGAACCCCCCAAACAGGUAGUAGUCGUCACGACAGCAGUGGCCACGCUGCUGGUGACAGCAGAACCUCCUCCAACUCGAAUCCUGUGAGCCCAGCUGGUGACCAGACAAGCAACGCAAGCUCCGACGACCAGCCAAGCGACGCAAUCUCCGAACACCAGCCAAGUGACACACUCCGAAGACACCAGAAACUCCCCCUCGAUUCCACUCCAACCAACACUGAUGUCUGA